UGAACAGGGAACAGGACAGGUGAGUCCCCGGUCUACGGCUUUGUAAGCGAGGCGCACUUGGAACUUCGAAAAGUUCUGUUCUAUGGGUGAAGCUUUAAGAGAUGCAUGCCCCUGCCUGGUGACGCUUUGCAGCAGGCUGUUUGGCAGGGCAAAAGACGACGUGGGUGACAAUGGGACCAACGAAAACGAUGACAGCAGCCAGACUGGGAGUUCUGGGAAGAGGAUUGAGGAGAGUAAUGUGGCGUCUAGUCCCCGGUACACAACUAGCCCUAAACCCAGUGCGCUGUUGCCUCCUCAAUCUGGGCAGAGCGCGAUAUACACGGCGGUGUGGUCAUUCGAAGCACGGGCAAAAGAGGAAUUAUCGUUUCAAGAAGGAGACCUUUUCAAGGUUAUCGACCGCUCGGGAGAGUGGUGGACAGCCUGUAAGGUAGACCGAAAUGGACAGACUCUGGCAGAAGGGAUUGUGCCCUACAAUUACUUGGCGAGGGGACAUUCAGACGAGGCGCAACCGUGGUACUUUGGGAAAAUGAAUCGGUUUGAAGCCUCAAGCCACCUCUUGGCCCCAGAGAACAGUGAAGGAGCAUUCCUGAUACGACUCAGUGAGAAAGACGAUGUGGGCUAUGUGUUAUCAGUUAAGUCUGAAAAUAGAGUGAAACACUUCAGAAUCCACAAGACAGAGGAAGAGUUCUACGUGGACCAGAGUAAAAGAUUCACCAGUCUGGUGGACCUGGUGGAGCACUUCAAGAUACACCCCUUAGCCUCUGUGGAGAGGUUAGGGGAGGCGUGUGCAAGGAAAGAGCCACAGCCUCAGGACCUCUCUCACUCCACAGUGGAUGAGUGGGAGCUUCCCAAAGAGGAGUUCACCCUGGGGGAGCAGUUGGGCAGUGGCUACUUCGCUGAUGUGCACAAAGGGAUGUGGAAGAACCAAAUCAACGUAGCCAUUAAGGUCCUGAAAAAUAAUGACUCUCUGAACCACAGGGAGUUCCUGCUGGAGACUCAGAUCCUGAAGAACCUGCGGCACAGACACCUGAUCACGCUCUUUGCUAUUUGCAGCUCCUCACCCCCCUACUACAUUGUCACUGAGCUCAUGGAAAAGGGCAACCUUCUCAGCUUCCUGCGAGGCCCAGAGGGGCAGAACCUGGAACUAAUCUGUCUGGCCGAGAUGGCUGGCCAUGUGGCUGAUGGGAUGGCCUACCUGGAAUCCCAAAAAAGCAUCCACAGGGACCUGGCAGCCCGGAAUGUUUUGGUCAGCGAGAACUACGUCUGCAAAGUGGCUGAUUUUGGACUGGCUCGAAUUAUAAAGGAGCCAUUUUACACAACUGACGACAGGAAGAUUCCAUACAAGUGGUCUGCCCCAGAGGCCAUCAGCCAUGGACGCUUCUCCAAUAAGUCAGACGUCUGGUCUUUCGGGGUUCUGCUCUACGAAAUCUUCACCUAUGGUGGAGCUCCUUAUCCAGCCUACAGCAACAGCGAGGUGUACAAGCUGAUCACAGCGGGCUACAGGAUGCCUGCUCCCCCUAAAUGCCCUGAGUACAUUUACGAGAUCAUGCUGUCCUGCUGGUGUGACGAUCCGGAUGAUCGCCCCGAUUUCAGCCUUCUCAAAUCGCAGCUAGAGAACAUCAACAGCUAUGAGCUGGAGUGGACCUGAAAAUGCCUGCAGAGACAGUUCAGGCCACAGGGAGGCAGCAGAGAAAACAGAAGGAUCUCCCUUUCAGGGAUUAGAAUGCCAUUGGUGGGUGGGUUUUCAUUUCCCACUUCAUUCCAUCUAACAUGGCACGAGGUAGAAUUAUGUCAUCAGUACGAACCAUUCUGCCUGAACCUCUGACCUCAACGCCAUAUCAUUCCCAUCAUCUGCUUAUUAUAAUGAUAGUUUGUGAGAAUACUGCCAGCAAUCAUGAAUGGAGCUCAUAGCCAUUUUACCUAUAUUAUGACACUUCUCUUCUUCCAAA